GUGCCAAAAAAGCUUUACUUUAAUAACGGUCCACCUGCCGUUAUAAAUAUCCCUCUCUCUCUCCUCUCAUUCCAUCUCUGCUCACGAAGAAAAACCCUUCUCUCCCUUCCCAAAACCAUAAAAGAAUUACGAUGGAAGAGCAAGAUGAUCAAGUGCCAAUGACAGUAGAAGAUUUCGACGGAGGAGAAGCUAUUUUGGAGGACUCAGCUGGUUCUGAAACCGACGAUCAACUCGCGCAUUUCGCUGGACUGUUGAAGAUUGGAGAAGAAACAAGGGAGUAUGAUGGAGUAAAGAAGACUUUUCUAACGGGAAUGAAAGGGCAUGCUAAAGACACACAGGUUGUUGCCAUUUACAAGAACUCUGCUUCUACUUCGCCGAUGAAGGCUAGGUUUGCUGCGUUUAAAGCUUUUGAACAGGUCGUUUCGCAAAAGAAUGGAGGCCAAGGAAAUGCAAAUGUUAAGUAUGGGUGGUAUAGUGGGUCGAAGGAGGAAAUUUCUCAGAUCAUUUCUCAUGGUUUUGGUUGUUGUAAUGGUCAAUCACAUGGCGUUGGUGUUUAUUUGUCUCCUACUAGUUUUCUCCUUGAUGGGUUGGAAUCUUCAAGGGCUGAUGAAAAUGACAUGAGGCAUAUUUUGUUAUGUAAAGUGAUCAUGGGGAAGAUGGAAGUGAUUCCGGCUGGUUCCAAGCAAAGAUAUCCAAGUUCAGGGGAGUUUGACUCCGGUGUUGACAAUCUUGAAGCACCAAGAAGAUUGGUUGUCUGGACCGCUUUCAUGAAUUCUCACAUUCUUCCUGAUUACAUCAUAAGGUUUAAGGCACCUUCUUCCACUACUUUGCUAAUGAAUCGGAUCAGUGAAAUAAGAAACCUGGGUUUUGUGAGUGUCUCUGCUCUACAUCUCACAAUGGUAAAGUUUUUGGGUCCUGCCAAGGGAGCCUUGAUUUCCAGAACCUAUGACGACUUUGUCAAACGUAAGGUCACUGGCGUGCAACUGUUCCAGGCUGUGAGGCAGAUCGCUGGGGAUGACCAGUUGUUGAUUGAGAUCUUUAAAUCAAGCACAAACAAGCGUGUGAGACGAGCAUCAAGGAGAACCUGUGCAGCUCAGGCAGCGGCUGAGCUGAGAAGGAGAUAAGCAAGCUAGCAUAGUGUUUGAUUCAGAUUGCAUUCUAUCAGGAUUUUAUGGAUGCAUCCAAGAUUUUCAGUUUUAUGCAGGAACUACAAGUUUGCUUGUUAGCUCUUAUGUUUUUAUUAUAUAGAUAUAUAGAUGUAAUUGUGUUC